AUGACCGGAAAGUAUAUUGUUGUAUUCAAGCAGGAUGCCACCCAAGAGGACAUCGACAAGUGCACCAACGAACUCACCGCUGCUGGCGGAGAAGUCAAGGAUCGCUACGAUACUAUCAUGAAGGGUUUUUCGGCCACCAUCCCGGCAACGUUCUUGUUGCAGUUGCAGAACCUUCAGAACAACGGACCCAUCGACUACAUCGAACCCGACAGCACUGUGACCACACAAUAG